AAUCAAUUUUGUGCCACCCAUGAAAUGACUUGUAUUCAAAAUAACUAUAUCUUUGCUUAAUUAGGUCAAAGGUCUUCUAAAGUGAUAACAAGUAGCAAUCAUAGUAAACAGAAAAAUUGCAUUAGUUUAUUUUUAGUUAUUUUGUUGAUAUUAAAGAGCAUUCUAGUAAUUUUAGGAGGCACAUGGUGUCCAAAUUGUUGUUAGGUGUUGCUGUUGCGGCCACCAUUGCAGUUGUAACUUCCAGUGAUGUGACUACCUGCUGGGGCCAUACGUCUAUAGCAGAUAUAAAAACGUUAGUCAACUACUGUAAACACAUUAUCCCUACAAACUUUAUACUGGACGAUGCACGUUUGAACUCUGAAGUCAAAGAUUCUUCCAGUAUAGUAUGUGACCAAAUAAAGAAAUGGCUAGAUAAAUCAAAUGACGAUUUAACAACUUUAUCGAAAUUUAACAAUUGCAUGACUCAAAAAACUGAUGGCCUUGAAUUUAAGCACAUCAAGAAACUUUAUGACUGCCUACCGGAACUGAAGGAACCCGUGUUAAUUAAGAAGGUCAGAGAAAUAAUUUACGAACAAAAUGCAAAUAGAAAAAUCUACAAAUAUCUAAACCAAAAGAUGACUGAAAACAACAAAGACAACUUGAACAUGUUUCUAGAUUGUCUAGACUUCCAUACACUGAGUUCAUCCGAACGUCGUAAAUAAGAAAAGUGUAUUUUUAUAUAUUUAUGUACUAAUAUUCAGUUUUUUUUCUUUCACUGUACUAUGAUAACAGUUUAUUUAAAAACUUAAUCGUAAUAAAAACUAGUUCUUUUGAUAAA